UCUCUCUCUCUCUCUCUCUCUCUCUCUCUCUCUCUCUCUCUCUCUCUCUCUCUCUUUCUCUCAAAAUCAAGAUCAAGAUCAAGUUCACUACUCAAAUCCUCCAAGAUGACAUUGAGCAGAGUUCACCAAGAAGUUACAGCAUUACCUGCAGUAAAGACUGCUCCAAUGGGUUACUUACCUGAUCCAGCUUCCAUCAACAAGCUCCAAAUCCCAACUUCUUCCAAGAAAUCUGAACAACAAAGCAAAGGAAAAUCGAUUCUGCGUAUGAAGAGAAGCGAUAGCUUCACGAGUGGCGCUAGAGAUCAGAGCAAGUUAGGACCAAAGCUAACCGAAACAGUCAAGAGAAAGCUAUCAUUAGGAGCUAGGAUCGUUCAAAUGGGAAGCUUAGAGAAGAUCUAUCAAAAGCUCUUCAGAGUUUGUGAUGAAGAGAAGUUGCUCAAGGCGUACCAAUGUUAUCUAUCUACAACAGCAGGUCCCAUCGCGGGCUUACUCUUCAUCUCAUCAAAGAAGAUUGCUUUCUGCAGCGAGAGAUCGAUCAAGGUGGCUUCUCCUCAGGGAGAUCUCGUCAGGGUUCACUACAAAGUGUCAAUCCCAUUGUGCAAGAUCAAUGGAGUGAACCAGAGUGUGAACACGAAGACGCCAUCUCAGAAGUACCUUCAAGUGGUCACGGUCGAUGACUUCGACUUCUGGUUCAUGGGCUUCUUGAGCUACCAGAAAGCUUUCAACUGUCUCAAGCAAGCGCUAGACGAUGAUGAGCAAUAAACCGCAAGUGGCUUUUUUUUCUCAAGAGGAGCUAACCACGGAGUUUUGAAGAGGAAAUAUAUUUCAUUUCUACUCUUCACCUCUGUUUCAGUUAGAGGACGUUAGGAGAGAGACUAUUGUACAAACUCAUAUUUUCUUUUGCUGUACCCAUUUUUUUUUUUUUCUUUCCA